AUGACGAGCACACUCGUGAACGGCAACGCCUACACGGCAGCUCACAUCGUGCAGUCCCCCGACACGCUCACUGACGAGCGCAGUGGCUCCACUCAGGGUGACAACAUGGCCAAGCAGGCCAGCUCGUCCGGCGUCAGCGCCAUGAACGGCCAGUCAGCCGGUGCUCAGGCGUCCUCUGGCAGCAAUCACGCCCAAGGUCCUCUACCGAAUCAUUCCGGUCAGCCUGGCCCGUCAAACCGGGAUGCGCAAGGCGGCUUACACACCAAUCGUACGGCCUCCCUCUCUCCCACAACGAGCACGUUUGCGAAUGCGCACGCCAAAUCAGAGACGAUCGAUCUUGUCACCUCCCCUAUCGACCGAAAAGACCACUUGCCGUCAGACAGGCGGCACUCCAAUGCAUCCUCCCUGCGAUCACCCCAGAUUGCGACUGUCACUGCAGACCUGGGCGAAGUGCUUGCUACGCCAAGGAUGAUGAAGGCUACUGCCUCUCUAUCUGGGCAGAAUGCCAAUGACAGCUGGUCUGCCAGUUCUCAACGAGAUCCAGCACGUGUCCCGAUGAACGCUGUACACGAUCUCAAGACGGAUGAGGAGGAAGAUCUCGCAGGGAGGCAACAAUUUGAAUGGCAUGGCGAAGGGACGCUGAAUGCCUACAUCUACGAUUACCUCAGGCGUCGCAAUUUCGCCAAUGCUGCCCAAGCAUUCGCACAAGACGCCAGAGUGGACCCAAAUCAAGCUGUGCCCAUCGACAGCCCUCAAGGCUUGCUCUUCGAAUGGUGGACAGUGUUCUGGGACAUUUUCAUGGCUCGAACAGGCCUGGCAGGCAGUCCCGCAGCCAAUAUGUAUGUUCAAGCGCAACAAGCCAGGCAGCAACAGCAACAGAUGGCCCGGCAACAACAGGCUCAAGCCGCGCCCAACAUGCCGUUUGCGAAUGCCUCGCCUGCCUCGACACCUUUUGCAGGCCAGCAACCUAUGCCGGCCCAGGGACAAGCGGUACAGCCCAGCCUACCGCCUCAACAAAACGGAAUGGCGCUACCGCCCGGCAUGUACACGCCCGCGCAACGCCAGCAGAUGCAAGCCGCUGCGGCCCAACAGCAACAGCAGCAGCAGUACCAACAAGCACAGGCUGUAACGAUGGCAAGGAUGCGAGCGCAGCACAUGGCAAUGGCCCAAAGACAAGCGCAAGAAGCUCAGCAGAGGGAUCAGCAGAGGAUGCAACAGCCCCAGCAGCCUACCAGGAACGGCCCGGCGGCUGCUCAGAUGCCUACUCCUCAGUCGGUAUCGCAACAGAGGCCAGGCUUGAUGCCGCCGCCGUCAGGUCCGGUCUCUCAGCUCAAUCUCGCUGCUGGCCAGCAAGCACAAGGCGCAAGACAGGGUAUACAUCCUACACUGGAGCAAAGCAUGGUCGAGUGUGGCUUCGGUGGUCAGAGCUUCGACCGCCUAGCUCCGUAUGAUCGCAUGAUGGUCACAAAUCAUGCGCAUCGGUUGACGGCGCAUGCUCAGCACCAGCAAACGUACAUGAAUCAACAGCAAGCGGCUAUGAAUGCUCAGCGGCUUGGUCAAACGCCUAUAUAUCAGCAGCCUAAUCUCUUGCCACAGAAUAUGUCAGGCCAGCCAUUUGCGCCUCAGAUGCAGAUGAACCGCAGCAACCCUCUACCCGGCGCACCAAGUCCGCAAGCAGGCUCACCCUAUGCAGGCGCGAUGAUGCCUCCUAACGGUCCACGAGCAGUCACACCCGGCGCAGGAGCGGGCAAGAAGGCACCUGCUAAGCGUGGAUCGACCAUGGAAGUCAAGCCAAACCAGAGUCCGAAAGGCCGCAAACGAGCAAAACCAUCGUCUGAGUCCGGUCGUUCCGAGAAGGGCAUAGAAAGGCCCGACGGCAGUGCGGCUACGCCCGGUGCCUCGUCUGACAUCGCGAUGACGCCUGGAUCGUCGCAUAUUCAAGCCAGUCCACAUCAGACGAGUCCUGCUAGCUUACAAGCUACCUUACCUCAUGGACGUAUGAGUAUGCCUGACCACCGUAAAGCGCUUGAUACGCUAUCAGUCGGCGUCAAUGCGAGCUCGCGCAUGAUCGAAGAAAGGGGCCAGGGUAUCAACAUGGGAGAUAGUCAUGCUGUUGCAGCUCGCAAAGAAGCCAUAAGCCACGCUCAACAACUGAUACGCGAUCAAAUCGACAGCUAUGGCAAUCCCUCGCCAGCGACGGACGAUAUGCGGCAAGGUCAAGACGAUCAAUUAUCGAGCGACCCUCAGCUGGCAAUCUACCAGCAACAACAAAUGCAGCUGCAGCGACAGAUGGAAGAUGUACAACAGCAGAGUGGGGCGGCUCAACAACAUGCAGCCCAGAUCUCGAGAGGCUUCCCGAACGAUCAUGCGAGUCAAGUUGGCGAUGCGAAUGGUCCAGCAAUUCCAAGGCUUCCGGCAGAGUACGAUCGCUUCCAGAGCAUGUCGACCGGCCAACAUAAUACCCAACAGCAACAACAGCAACGGUCAGCAUGGGAUGGACAGUAUUCCGGCUUCGAAGGUGUCGAUCUUCCUCAAACUCAAGGAGGGCAAGACCCGUCGACGAACAUGGGUGCGGCCAAUCUUGACGAUGGCACUUUCGAUUUUCAGCAGUUUAUCAACGAGGACGGCCUUACUGGAACGGCGUUCGAUCACUGA